AUGUCCCCUCAUGACUACGCGGACCGUCGGUCAGAAUCCGUAACAGAUGCGGUAACCGCGAUGAAGCUGGAACCCGCCGGAGCCACAGAUACUCCCGCUCUUAACGGCGGAAGCACCUCGUUGAAUGAUGACCCCAAUGGCGCGUCCCGCUCGCCUUCUCAAGUGGAGACAGAGCAUACUGCAGAUAUGGAAGAGAAAGUCGGGGGCGACAUCACUGUCAAACAAGAGCCUGGACAGCCACCUAAAUUGACUCGCAGCUCCUCCCAGAAAGUUGUUGCGCGGCCACCACAGCUAUUCUCGCACCUUCGAGAUAGUACGGCGGAGGCCCAGGCGUCCUUUGAGCUGAUGGACAGUUGCACUUAUGCAAACAAGUAUAUGGGCUAUACUGAACAUGCGAUGGAAUGUGAUUGUGCUGAAGAAUGGGAACCUACCCUCUCCAAAAAUCUGGCAUGUGGAGAAGAUUCCGACUGUAUUAACCGGGCGACCAAGAUUGAAUGUGUGGGCGAUUGUGGGUGCGGACCGGAUUGUCAAAAUCAAAGAUUCCAACGAAAGGAGUAUGCCCAGGUAGCCGUGAUUAAGACGGAAAAGAAAGGGUUCGGUCUGCGUGCCGCGACCGAUUUGCGACCGCACCAGUUUAUCUACGAGUAUGUAGGCGAAGUUAUCAACGAAGGCCAGUUCCGGCGGCGCAUGAGGCAGUACGACGAAGAGGGGAUCAAGCAUUUCUAUUUUAUGUCCCUCAGCAAAGGUGAAUUUGUUGAUGCGACAAAGAGGGGUAAUCUAGGCCGUUUUUGUAACCACUCGUGCAAUCCAAACUGCUAUGUCGACAAGUGGGUAGUUGGGGAGAAGCUCCGCAUGGGUAUCUUUGCUGAACGAGACAUUCAGGCCGGGGAGGAAUUAGUUUUUAAUUACAAUGUCGACCGUUACGGAGCUGAUCCUCAACCUUGCUAUUGCGGAGAACCGAAUUGUACAGGCUUCAUUGGUGGGAGAACCCAGACAGAACGUGCCACGAAGUUGUCGAAUGCCACCAUUGAAGCCCUGGGCAUCGAGGAUGCAGACGGCUGGGAUACGGCGGUGGCGAAGCGGCCACGCAAGAAGAAGAUGGGCGAGGAUGACGAAGAGUAUGUGGAUAGUGUCCAGCCGAAGUCUUUGGAGGAGAACGGCGUCACCAAGGUUAUGGCGGCUUUGAUGCAGUGUCAGGAGAAGUGGAUCGCGGUUAAGCUUUUGGGGCGGAUCCAACGCUGUGACGACGAGCGUGUUCGCAAUCGUGUGGUGAAAAUGCAUGGGUACCAGAUCCUCAAUUCGCAGCUCACCAUGUGGAAGGACGAUUUCAAUGUUGUGCUGCAGAUUUUGGAUAUCCUGGAUAAGUUUCCGCGCCUCACGCGGAAUAAGAUCAUUGAUUCAAAAAUAGAGGUUACUAUCCAGCCACUGACAAGCUGUGGCGACGAGCGUGUCGAGAAGAAGGCAGCUACACUUCUGCAAGUCUGGUCGACCUUGGAAGUAGGUUAUCGGAUUCCACGCAUGAAACGAGAUCCGAAUGCUACCGCCCAAGCUGUCAAUCAAUUUGAACGGCGGGAGACCACUCGAGAUCAACGACGGCGGUCAAAGUCCCGCAGUCGGUCAAGGUCGCGGUCAAUUGAGCCCCCCCGGGGGCCUGCAGCUCAAGCUCGAGGGGGAUACGGACAGAGAAACCCUCACCAUCACGGUCCCAGGUCAUUUCGUCGUCAGUUCAACCCACUUCCAACAGGAUGGUUCGCCGCUGAAUCAAAUGGUCGGACAUACUAUUACUCGGCGCGUGGAGAUACCACAUGGACCAGACCAACUAAGCCAGCACCUCAACCUCCUCCACCUCCGAAAGAGUCGAGAGACAAAGCACUACAGGACAUUAUCGAUGGCAUCGUGAAUGCUAAGGAGAACACGCCUAAGGAGAAAAGCGGUACGCCUGGCACGCCGCAAGUAUCUAAACCAGUUCCCGUCAAGAAGGAGGGACAGGAGAAAUGGAGGGGUUAUAGUGAAGAUAAACAGAAGAAGGUCUAUGAGAAUACUUUGUUCCCACACAUAAAGUAUGUAGUGGAUAAAUUCAAGCAUAAGCUUCCAAAAGAGGACUUAAAACGCUACGCCAAGGAUGUGGCCAAAAAACUGGUCAACUCUGACUUCAAGAAUAACCGAGUCGAGGACCCUACGAAAAUCAGCGAAAGGCAGCAGAAGAAAGUCAAAAAGUACUGCAAGGAAUUUUUCGACAAAGCCGUCCUAAAGCACCGAGCUUACGAACAACGGAAGGCUGAAAAUCAAGCGAAGGGAAUGGACUCAAAGAUCGAAACGGCUCAAGCUGCAAGUGACGAUGAGGCGCUAGAUAUGAAGAUGUCCGAUGAGGAGGAGGACAAGGCCGAUGAGAAAGACACGCCCUUGACUGCAGAAGAACUCCAGGGAGGUAUAAAACGGAAGAGAGAGGAAGGUAUUACAGAGGAUUCCGCCUUGGACGAGUACGUUUCAUCCUCGAAGAGACAAAGAUCCUCAACGCCACUGCCGCUACCGCCGCCUCCAAUAAGUCCUGAAGAUGACCUGCAAAACAUGGAUAGUGCAAAGAAAACCCUAAGAGAUGAUAUUGAUAGUAGGAGUGAAAACAACGAGUUCACUCCACCACCUCCCCCUCCCCCUCCACCAGAUGAUGAGAUCCCUAGCGAAUCCCCAGAAUCGGAUCACGUCAUGGAUCAAUCACCAUCUAAAGCUGAGUAUACCACGGAUAUGAACAAGCUCGAAUCAUCUCAACCUGGGAUUGAAGGAAAGGUAUUAUAA